AUGAUUAAAGCAGCUAUAAACCGUGUUAAGAACCGGUUUCUGAGGCCUGUUAGCAAGCCUAAUGCAGAGAAAUAUAAUAUUAUAACUGAGGGCAAGGGACACAUUCUUUUUCCCGAGAAAGAGACGGUAUUCUACAAUCCGAUUCAGCAGUUUAACAGAGAUCUGAGUGUGACUUGCAUAAAGGCAUGGGAUAAUCUAUACGGACAGACCAAGCAGGAACAAUCGCGAGCCAAGAAACAUAGCAAGAAACGAGGGUGUGAGGAACCUCAGGACACUUUGAAGAAACGGAAACUUCAGGAUGGCUCAUGUGAAAUCGCCAAGACUGUGCAAAAACCAUAUAUCAAGAUCUUGGAGGCACUCUCUGCCACUGGCUUGCGUGCCAUUAGAUAUGCACACGAGAUUCCUCACGUCAAAGAAAUUGUUGCGAACGAUUUGCUUCCGGCAGCAGUAGACGCGAUCCAGCGAAAUGUGGACUACAACAACGUUGGCGAUAUUGUUAAACCAAACAUUGAUGAUGCCAAUGUACUGAUGUAUAAGAACAAAGCACAACACAAACGGUACCAUGUAAUAGAUCUAGACCCAUACGGGACCGUGACACCAUUCGUAGAUGCGGCGUUACAGAAUAUCGAGGACGAUGGGUUGAUGCUAGUGACGUGUACGGAUCUGUCGGUGCUGGCCGGUAAUGGGUACCCAGAGAAAUGUUUUGCGUUGUACGGGGGCGUGAAUAUGGCCGGACACGAUGCGACCCACGAAAGUGCGUUGAGAUUGGUCUUGAAUCUCUUGGGCCAGAGCGCUGCGAAAUAUCGUAAGAGCAUCGAACCAGUAUUGUCGUUGAGUAUUGACUUCUACGUGCGUGUAUUCAUCAAAGUCAAGACGAACCCUCUUCAGGUUAAAAACCUUCAGCACAACACCAUGAUCACUUACAUGUGCAGUGGAUGUGGGGCCUACCACAACCAGAAGCUGGGCCGUCAAAGCGAGCGUGAAACCAAGAAGGGCAACACUUAUGUGAAAUAUUCUUUGGCGCAAGGCCCUCCCGUGGACAAAAGGUGCUCGUACUGUGGAGGCGCUCACCACUUGACGGGACCCAUGUAUGCGGGUCCUCUGCACAACAAAGACUUUAUCGACGAAGUGCUAAGAAUCAAUCGGGAAGAGCAUACCGACGAAGUAUACAAGACUCGCAAGAGAAUCGAAGGCAUGUUGACGCUGGCAAAGAAUGAGCUGGAUGCGCCAUUCUACUUCACGCCCAACCGAGUGUCGUCGAUUUUGAAAUUCCAAGUACCGAGCUUGAAGACCGUUGUGGCUGGGUUAGGGUCACUGGGUUACGAGUGUUCCUUGACACACGCACAGCCAUCAUCUCUAAAAACCGAUGCGCCUUGGGAAGUCAUUUGGUAUGUGAUGAAGCGAUACUGUCAAGACAACGAUUUGUGCAACAUAGAGAAGAUGAACCCAAAUACGUUUGGCUACAAAAUUCUGACCAACGAUGCAAUCGUGAAUGGGAGUGAAUACGACGACAAGCUAAGCUUUGAGCAGAACGAGCAAAGCGCCAAAGUCGAGAAACUGCGCAAGCUGAAGAUAGUGCGAUUCCAGGAGAACCCUUCGCGAAACUGGGGGCCUAAAGCCCGUCCAACCUAG